UACGAAAUUACCAUUUUACGUUCUGUCUUGGGAAAGUUAGAAAUCUCUAUAGUAUUGAUAGUGGUGUAUUUCCCGAUGCUGGUACCCUGAUGAAAUGUGGACCAACAUGAAUCAAUGUUUCUUUUUGGUUUGACAUCUGAUGCCUUGAAAAGACGUAACAUUUCUACGAAAAAUAGAUCAAUUGCGACGAGCAAGGACAUCUAAAGCGCGUAAAUUAUUGUCUGUUAUUCCCGUGUUUACUAAAGGUUAAAGACUUAAAUUGGAACUUCAAACUUGCCAAAGUUGCUUAAAACAACAUGGAGGCACGCUGGAAAGAAGCUGUUUGUUGUUGAGUAUUGUAACAAAGCAAGUUACUCAAAACCGGGCCCCGGAGAAUAUUUGGACUUAACACGUCGAUAAGAAGAAACUGAGCACAAGUUUCAAUAUGUCUGCAACGCCCAGCCCGGUGACAACCAAUGCCUUUAAUACUACUAUUCUACCAACGACAAAACACAGCAAUAAGACAAGCGAAGUAAGCGCGCUCGCUCAUAAAGCCCUCGCGUACGUGACCGGUAGCACGACCGGUAUCAUCGUUGGCGUCGUCGUCGUCAUCAUCCUCAUCGUUGUAGUGGUUGUAUUAGUGAAGAAAGCAGUAUCGGGGCUGAAGCAAGCCAAGGAAAGAGCAAUGUCGAAGCUCAAGGAUUUGCAAAAGUCUAGGGAGGCAGCUUUAGAUAUGGCUGAGGCGGUGCCGGAUGUGAGCGUUUCAAAAGUUCAACCGGUAUCUGGCAACAUGAGGAAGCUGAAGGACCUUGGUGAGAUCUCGUUUUCUAUACGCUAUGACGACGACAAAAAUGAUUUCAUCGUCCGAGUUCACAAGGCGACCAACCUUCCCCUUAAGUAUUCGGGCGGGGUCGUGUAUAAGUACGUGGAGAUCGAGAUGUUUCCUUAUCAUCGCAAGUCCGCCAUUAAACCCAAGACGAGCUACAUGAGGAAUGCUCUCGAGCCGGUGUGGGAGGAAGACGUGCGAAUCAAGAUGACCCGAGAAGAGGUGGCCGACCAGGACAUGUACCUGCACGUCUGCGACUUUAACCAGAUUUCCCCUCGUGAUUUGAUUGGCUCAUACAAGGUCGAUUUUGAUGACGUCAAAGUCAAGCCCGGGGGCAAAGAGACAGAAUUUCAGGGAUCGCUCAAGUGGAUCGAGUCGAUUCGAGGGGCGGAACGUGGGGACAUAUGUUUAGUGUUGCAAUACUACCGCGAAGAGGGGCAGCUUACUGUCACCGUCAAACAGAUCCGGGGACUGAAGCCUUUCAUAGGCCGCAAGACCACAAGUGCGUAUGUCAAAGUCCACGUGGUGCAGGGUUCAAAGGAGCUAGAUCAGCGAAGGACUAAAGUCAAGAGGAAAAACUUUGAGCCCGAAUACAACGAAACAUUUAAAUUCAACAUCCCACAGAAUAUAAUCGAGGAGGUGAAUUUAAUCAUUCGAGUCAAAGAUUCGCCGUAUGUAGGAAGCAAAGCCCUGCUGGGCGAGGUGUGCGUGGGGGGCGAUGCUGUGGGGACUUAUCUACAUCACUGGAGGCUCAUUUUAAAAAAAGGACAUGAGAUCGAAAUGUGGCAUGCCUUAGAGUCCCUGAAUAUUGUGCCGGGUAAAACCAAUUUGUCUACGGUAAUGAAGUCCAUUCCGGUGAUCGAGAGCUCGGAAUCGGAGGAGGAGGGAGAAGAAGAUGAUGGUGGACUUCUCGGUUUCAUGCCGGACAUCAUACCGGACAUCGGACUACCGUCAUUAGGGCUCUUCGGCUCGUCUGACGCGGAGAAGGAGAAAAAGGAAAAAGAAGAGAAAGCAAAGCAGGAAAAAGCAAUGAAGAAAGAAAGAAGGAGCUCUGUAGAGUUAUAAUGCAAUUUCUCGUGUUUCAAUAUUUUAAAAUUGUAUUCAAAAUAUUGAGCGUAUACACUAGAAUACUGUGAUACUGC